CUAAAGGAACGUGGAAGAGAGAUACUGCAGAGAAAAUGGGAGGAGGUUCAGGGCGUGGCAGCUAUUACUCUACAAAGAAAUCUUAGAGGGUUCCUGAACCGUAAAAAUUUCCAGGCAUACCGUCACAAGAUCACCGUUAUUCAAGCACAUGUAAGAGGACACCAGGCCAGGAGACGCUACAGGAAACUGAAACACACCAGGGUGCAAUUUGGGGCUGUCCUCCUGAUCUCCAGAAUUCCUUCCAUGCACAGGCGGAUCGGUCAGGUGAGCCAAGAGCUGAAAGCCACAGGUGAGGCGUCCCUUCCAAGUAUGGAUCUGUCAGCUCUGGAUGUGCCAGCUGAGCUAGCUGCCGUGUUGAAGUCUGUGCAAGCAAAGACCCAUGCUGAAGGUACACAGAUCACAGAGGUGCCUCCACCACAAGUAAAGGCGCAGUGCAUAUUGUCUCUUGCUCCUGACAUCAACAACUAUCCAUUCUCUGUCUUCAUUCGCUCGUAUUUUAAGGAUGCUGUUCUGCCACCUUUGGGACAGCCCCUACAGGAUCCAUUAACUCGGGUAUCACAGAAUGAUCAUGGAGUUGCACUGGAAUUGUACAAACUGGCUUUGCGUUUUAUGGUGAACACAACAAUGCCCCCCUGGCAGCAGAGGAUUAUUGGUAAUUACAUUGUGGAGCGUUGCUUGCGCCAGCCAACACUUAGAGAUGAGGUCUUGUGUCAAGCGGCAAGUCUGACGGUGCAGAACAACAAUGAGGAGCAAAACCAGCGGGCAUGGCUACUCCUUUCAUCCCUACUCAGCUGCCUCAUCCCCUCACCUACUUUAGAGAAGCCUCUGCUCAAAUAUGUCUCAGAUCAAGCCUCUGAAGGAUACAAGGCUAUAUGCCAGAGCAAGCUGCUUCGAGCCAAACAAACCAACUUUGAUGAAUUCCGCUCACAUGCCCUAACUCUGCUCGAGUGGACAGCCAAUGAGAGAAGAGGGAAGAUGGUCAUGGAUGUCUUUACAUACAGUGAGGAGAAAUACACAGCAGAAGUAGAUUCUUGGACAACAGGAGAACAAUUACCAGGCUGGUUACUGCAGUCCAAAGGUAUUGGGGAUAGCACCAGAGGUUGGACUAUCUCCAUUCUGGAUGGUGAUCAGUGGCAUGAUCUCUCAGGAGAGGAUUUCUUAAUGGAUGUGAUUGCUGUGGUGGAAGAGGGAGCUCCUACUGAUCGUUUUGAAUCAUAUGAUUUCCCCUUUGGAGAGAACGGAGGGAUCCCUCAACCUCCAUUUGACUUUGCACCACAACUCCCAACUGAUUAUCCCUCUUUCCCUGCACCUGGACUCCCUCCGGACCUCUCACCAGUAUUCCCACCUGCGCCUCCACCCAUUCCUCCUUCAUUUGAAAGAACAGAUAUUCCAAUUCCGCCAGCCCCACCCAUGCAGGCACCCUCUCUGCCACCGCAAGCACAAGACCAUGAUGAAAUGUAUUCCAACCCCAGUGACAGAGGCAGUGGCGAUUCCCAUAGUGCAGUGAACUUUUUGGAUCAACUCUUCCAACCUGUGGUGUCUUCAUCAUAUUUAGAAACGUCUGAAAACCUUAACCGGCGCAUGAAAGGUGGUGGAGGUAUUGGACCCACGCAGCAGAAUACAUAUCCUUCCCCAGGUUUUACUGGAAUUGGUACAAUGCCCUCGUACUCUAUGCCAAUGAUGAAUGGAAUGAUGCCUGCCAUGGGAAACAUGCCAAUGAUGCCAGGUAUGAUGUCCCAGGCAAUGAUGCCACAAAUGAUGCCUCAAAUGAUGCCACAAAUGAUGCCACAAAUGAUGCCCAUGCCCCAGCCAGUAGUGCCUGCGGUGGACCCUGCACAAUUAGCAGCACAGCAACAAGCAUUUAUUCAGCAACAGGCCCUGCUUUUGGCACAACAGAUGACACUUCAGGCCACAAUGCUUUCUCAGCAGCAGCAACCACAUCCUCCUCCAACUUUUCCUAAGCCUGGACCUAAAGCAACCUCUGCUCCUACCCCAGCACCUAAACCAGCCUCUGCUCCUGCCCCUGCACCUAAACCAGCCUCUGCCCCUGCACCGAAACCAGCCCCUGUUUCUGCACCACCUUUUCUUCCUUCCCCAAGUGCAGCACCUGCUCCCCCUCCAAACCCUGUUCUGCCUCCUGCUCCUGCUAAAUCAGCCCAAGACCCCAUGCCACAGGCACAGAUGCCACAAAGAGCAACAGAGGUAUAUUGGGAUGAAGAGAACGACUCUGAGUAUACUUAUCAAAAAAAAACAUUCCAGCAGAAGAGACAAUUCUUCCAGCGGAUGGCUAGUCAAGAGAGUCCAACACAAUCGAUGAAGCCUCCUACUAAAAUCCUACUUCCAACACCUUCAGCAGCACCGGAGGAUGACAGUGAUGAAGAGCCCCUGGAACCUCCUGACCCAGAGCCCCAGCCAGAAAUAUCAUCUCCAAGAGCACCACAAUUUGUGCUGCCUCCUCCUUCUCCUCCCAUGCAACAAGAGAUUCCAAAGAGAGAGCCAAGGAAAGGGGGACCGGUGAAAGCAGCCCCUAAACCAGAACCUAGUCAACAGAUAAGAGAAAUAGUCAAGAUGUAUCAAAACCGUCCUCCACAAGAGCCCAAGCCAUUUGAACCAGUUAGGAGAACAAUGCAGUCCUUUGCAAAGAAGAAAGACCCCAAAGAAGAAGCGCUAGAGAGACUCCAGAAUACUGUGCCCCCUCCAUCCUCAGUAAGAAACAAUGCAGGGUCUCUGAAGCCACCUCCAACUCCACCUCCUCCUGCAAAUGAGAUGAAAAAUUCCAUUCAAGAGAAGCAGAAGCCACUUUUAGGGUUAUUUCAGUCAGGCCCACUUGCCCCAACAACACAGGCUUACAAGGCUCCAGGACGAUCUCUUGAAGGUGACCACAAUUCAAAGUCUUCCCUCAGCAAGCAUACAGCUAGUGUCUUCUUCUCAUACAGUGAUGUCAGCUGGAGACUUUAUGUGCGGAAGGAGAUCUUCUAUCCAAAGGAAAAAUUCUCUCAUCCAUAUUACUUGAACCUUCUGUGUGAACAGAUAAUACGCGACACAUUCUCAGAGACUGGUAUCAAAGUGACACAGGAGGAGAGGCGGAAGAUGAAAGAUUUUUUAAAUGAUUUCCAAGUAGGGAGUGAUGCCAGCUCCAUCAUGGAGGAGUCCAUCAAGAAACGUAUUGUCAUGGCUGCUCGGGAUAACUGGGAAAAUUACUUUUCUCGCCUCUUUCCUGUCUCUCUGGAUGAAAAUGUAGAACCGCUGCUCCUGGGAGUUUCUCACAGAGGUUUUCGGCUUUUGAAGGAAGUGACUGCAACUGGUAUCCAGCAGAAUCAUUUGAAGACACUUUGCAGUUACAGGUGGGGUGAAGAAUGUAGGGAAUAA